AUGAGCUACAAUCGACUGAAACAGAUUUACUUGGGAAUCAUACCGGCUUACCCUCUUGGAUAUGUUUUGGUCCACGGGUUUCGGGGUGACCAAAUUUGGGCUAAAUUGUGGACGGAUCGGAGCUCGAUUGAACCAGGCGAACAUCUGAAAGAGCUCGUCGAGCAAGAGAUUGAUAAAUUGGAGAAUAUCAAAAAGGCGGUGUAUCGAGUUGCUCUUACCGAUCAAACUGAGCCGAAAGUUUACGGCGGCCUCUAUUUGACAUCCGGUUCUGAACUUCAGUUUCCGAUUCGAGCCAAUUUGGAGGAUGUUGAGAAGGCGAGACGACUUGGAGCCAAUCUUGAAAUUGACAUGGGAUUCAGCAAGUAUCGUAGGAAGAUUGAAGUCAAUAGCGCCGCUGGCGACGAGAUUAUCGCGCGUCUCAUGCUGUCGGAAGCGGCGAAGCGAUUUUUGGUGUGUCGACAAAUUCAAAUUGCCAACAGCGGCGAGUUCUUCUGUAUUCCCAUUCUAGCGUGGUUCGGAAUCAGCACCACUGGAUAUCUUGUUCUCAAAGCAGUUUCGAUGGCUGCUGGGGCCUGGAUCGGAGCUCUUUCAGCUAUUGGCACGACGAUUGGAGCAUUCAAUUUGUUCAUGAGAAAUUUCGAAGCGCACAAAGUUGAAAAAGCAGAUAAUAUGGCUAUAAACAGAGGCGAGGAAUAUCUGACUGGUGCCAUUGAUUAUUUCGAAUCGACGUUGAAGCUCAAUCGAAUGAUUCGAAGAGUUCUUGGCGAAGAAGGAGAGAGGACAAUAACGAAGAGGGGCGAUUCUUUGGUUGAUCCGGUGGCGUUGACGAAGAGACUUCGGAAUGCGAGGAAGCUGUGGCGAAAAUUGAAAGAGGAACAAAUCGAAGAUGAUGCGGAAUAA